AUGAUCACACUUGCCCGCAAGAAGAAAGAAUCGGGCAAUGGAGGCAGUGGCGGAAAUGGUGGUUCCACAACCGGAAGCAAUGGUCCACUGUCCGAUGCACCGAAACGGAUAUCAAUCCGCGAGUUUCUGCUUGUGAAGGAGGUACAGGAGCUGGAACAGAACUUACCUUCCACCUGCAAGGUGACGUUCCACGAUCCGAACGUGCUGAGCGAGUUCACGCUAGUCAUCAGUCCAAACGAAGGGUUCUGGUGCGGAGGUCGCUUCAAAUUUAGCAUUCUCGUGCCGGAAGAGUACAACAUGGCGCCUCCGAAAGUGAAAUGUCUUACCAAGCUAUGGCACCCGAACAUAUCCGUCGAUGGUGAUAUCUGUCUUUCCUUGCUUCGACUGAACUCGAUCGAUGGUCUAGGAUGGGCACCGACACGCCGCCUCAAGGACGUCAUCUGGGGCCUCAACUCACUCUUCACCGACCUGCUAAACUUUGACGAUCCGCUCAACAUUGAAGCGGCGGAACAGUAUUCCAAAGACAAGGAGCGCUUCCAGGCGAAGGUGCGCGAAUACGUAUCCGCUUACGCGAGAAGAUAA